GUAACACACUGCAUGGAGGUAGAUUUCUGCAUACCUGUUCGCGUGGAUCACCAAAAGCAUGACAAGCAUUUGAACCGGCGCGCGGAGCAGAUGAAUGAAAGGCAGAUGAUUUUUAGACUGAGCGCAUUCAAACAGGAAUUUUACCUCCACCUCACGCCGGAUUCUAGUUUCCUUGCACCGGGCAGCUUGCCGGCUGAGAGCGCCUCCGCAGCAUCCAACGACUCUGCAGCCGCUGACUUGCGGGGAUGCUUUUACUCCGGUAAUGUCAAUGCAGAACCGGACUCAUUCGCUGCGCUCAGCCUGUGUAAAGGUCUCCACGGGGGUUUCUCCUACGACGGUAUGGAGUAUUUCAUCAGCCAGACCAGGAGUGAAGACGCAGCAGCCACGUCUGGAAACUCUUUCGACAGGACGCAUGUGAUCCGCCGCCGGAGACGCGCUGCACACUCCGGCGGCAACUUCACCAGCAGGUGUGGAGUUACACCUGACACCAACUUCAACAUCUCCCUGGAGAAAUACAAGCACAUGAGCGAUCUGGAGAUCGACGGCUUAACUGAAACUGUGUUAAAAACUCUGGGGAGGUCCAAGAGGUUUGCCUCCAUCCCCCGGUUUGUGGAGGUGCUGGUGGUGGCAGAUGAAUCGAUGGCUAAAUUUCACGGGGAUGACCUGAAGCAUUACCUCCUGACCCUGAUGUCAGUGGCAGCCAGGCUUUACAAGCACCCCAGCAUUCUCAACUCCAUAAACAUAGUGGUGGUGGGCUUCAUGGUGAUAAAUGAAGCUGACAAGGGACCAAAGGUUUCCAGUAAUGCAGCUCUGACUCUGCGCAACUUCUGCUCCUGGCAGAAGAAGCUGAAUAAGCACAGCGACAAGCACGCAGAGUACUGGGACACUGCCAUACUGUUCACCAAACAGGAUCUUUGCGGGGCCACAACCUGCGACACACUGGGGAUGGCUGACGUCGGGACCAUGUGUGACCCGAAAAGGAGCUGCUCUGUCAUUGAAGAUGACGGCUUGCCCUCCGCGUUCACAACUGCCCACGAACUUGGUCACGUCUUCAACAUGCCCCACGACAAUGUGAAGGCAUGUGAGGAGGUAUUUGGGAAACUAAAGGACAACCACAUGAUGUCUCCCACACUGAUUCAGAUCGACAGGAGCCGGCCCUGGUCCGUGUGCAGCGCAGCCAUCAUUACCGAGUUCCUGGACAGAGGUCACGGAGACUGUUUGCUGGACCAGCCUCAAAGGCAGCUGUCCCUCUCAGACAACCUGCCUGGUUCCAGCUACAGCCUGCACCGACAGUGUGAGCUUGCCUUCGGCCCCGGCUCCAAGCCCUGUCCGUACAUGCAGCCCUGCUCCAAGCUGUGGUGCACGGGGAAGGCCCGCGGUCAGCUGGUCUGCCAAACCCGACACUUCCCCUGGGCGGACGGCACCAGCUGCGGUAACGGCAAAGUCUGCUACCGAGGAACCUGCUCUGAUAAGAACACCACCAUACACGUCAAGGUGGAUGGCAGGUGGGGAAAGUGGGGCGCAUUUGGAGACUGUUCCCGAAGUUGUGGUGGAGGAGUUCAGCUAGCCAAGAGAGAGUGUAACAACCCCGUUCCCGAGAAUGGAGGCAAAUACUGCUACGGCCUUCGCAUCAAAUAUCGCUCCUGUAACCUCAAUCCAUGUCCUGAAACAGGUAGUUGUAAGAGUUUCCGGGAGGAGCAGUGUGAGGCAUUCAAUGGCUUAAACCUGAACACCAACAGACUGGGUUCCUCUGUGGUUUGGGUUCCCAAAUAUUCGGGCAUCUCUCCCAAGGACAAAUGCAAGCUCAUCUGCCGUGCCAACGGGACUGGGUACUUCUAUGUCCUCGCUCCAAAGGUUGUGGAUGGGACGCCCUGCUCUCCGGACACCUCAGCCGUAUGUGUUCAAGGAAAGUGCAUCAAGGCAGGCUGCGAUGGCAAGCUGGACUCUAACAGGAAGUUUGACAAGUGUGGCGUGUGUGGCGGCGACAACCAGGGCUGCAAGAAGGUCUCAGGAAUGUUCACAAAACCUAUUCAUGGCUACAACUUUGUGGUGAUGCUGCCCGUUGGAGCUUCCAACAUUGACAUCCGUCAGCGUGGCUACCGGGGAAUGGUCAGCGACGAAAACUACUUAGCAGUGAAGAACGGGCAUGGCAAGUACCUGCUGAACGGCAACUAUGUGGUGUCAGCUGUGGAGCGUGACCUGCUGGUGAAGGGCAGCUUACUGCGCUACAGCGGCACAUCAACAUCUGUGGAGAUUCUUCAGGCCACCAGACCUCUGCAGGAGCCUCUGACUGUGGAGGUGCUCUCUGUGGGGAAGAUGACUCCUCCUAGGGUGCGUUACUCUUUCUACAUUACCAAAGAGAGCAAAGAGGAGAAGACUCUGCGUAAAGAGGAGAGAAGCCACGCAGCACAUAAUAGCGUCUUGGCCGACAGUAAUAGGGUAGAAGCUAAGAAGCAGAUGAUGGGAAAGAGGCCAGUCAGUCACUGGGUGACAGGAAGUUGGGAUUCGUGCACGGUGACUUGUGGGAAUGGUCUGCAGAAGAGACUGGUGCAGUGCCAGAGCAUGGAGGGACGCCCUGCAGUGGACUGUGACAGUGCUGACAGGCCAGUAGCAGUGAGAGCAUGUGGGGAUCCAUGUCCCAUGUGGGAUGUAGGGGCCUGGUCUCACUGCUCCAAGUCCUGUGGAAGGGGCUUUAAAAGGCGUCCAGUGCGCUGCAUGACCGAGAAUGGUCUGAAUCUACCCAGAGACCACUGCUCUGGAAGGAGGAAGCCUCAAGAACUGGACCUCUGCAAUCUGAAACCAUGUUAGAGCAGAAAAGGCACAGCCCAAGGACUUCAUUUUGCCGGUCAAAGUUACAAUUUGACAUGAACCUUCGCCCAAAUCUGCAUGAUAAUGAC